UUCCAGGAGCCGGCCUCCGCCUUCGCCUCCUUCCUCAACGGCCUGGCCAGCUUCGUCAUGCUGCUGCGCUACAAGGCCGCCGUCCCCCCCGCCUCCCCCAUGUACCCCACCUGCGUCGCCUUCGCCUGGGUCUCCUUAAACGCCUGGUUCUGGUCCACUGUUUUCCACACGAGGGACACGGCUGUGACAGAGAAACUGGACUAUUUCUGCGCUUCGGCCGUCGUCCUGCACUCCGUGUACCUGUGCUGCGUCAG